UCAAGCCAUGCUCUUCAACUCUUUCACAAGUUCAUCGUGGCGCUUCCACUCCGCCAAAUCUAUCAGUGUCUUCCCCUUCAGACACACACACAAACACACACAUACACAGCGAGAGAGAAAGAGAGAGAGAGAGAGAGAGGGCGUCAUGUCUUCGGCCCACUUACGUAGUUGUUGGUUCUUUUGAGCAGACCCCGGCUGCCUUCCUUGUUGACCAUGCACAUGACCGCCUCCCUGUGCCCUUUCAGACAGGCCAGGUGCAUCGCCGAAUUGGCAUCCUGCAUGCACGCAGUAGACCAAUGGCAUCAAGAUCACGUGUUCACAUCGAGCCUGUGAUGCCAUUCCUCACAUUGCUGGUCUUCUGGAGAAGCUUCACGCCUCUCGCGGCCAGCAUGUACUCUAUGGCCUCAACGCGAUUGCCGCUGGCAGCCAUGUGGAGAGGCGUCAGACCAUGUUUGUUGCCGCGUUCGAGCGGCGAAGGGUUGCCGCUCCACUCGACUAGCUGCUGCAACACAUUCACGUGGCCGCCAAAUGCGGCGUCGUGGAAAAUCGUCCGGCCCUAAGAGAGACACAGAUGAGAUUUAUGCGGGGCGGGAGACAUGGCCUGUUGAGCGAGUGUACGUUGGAUUCGAUCGAGAGAAUAAAAUUGAUGUCCUUUCGGUUGGCGAUGGAAUUGAGCACCUCCAGCUGUCCCUCCUCCGCGGCCACACUGGCGAUCGUGCGACCAAACUGCAUGCAAGAGACACAGCGAGCCAAUUGCAUUGUCGACAGUUCUUUCCCUUUGUCUGUGCUCCUCGAUUGAACUGACCUUGUCCUGGAUGGUCAAAAGACGAUCUGAAUAACCCAGAUCAAGCAGCAGAUUGACCACCGACACAUGCCCCUUCUUGGCGGCGAGAUGUAGGGGAGUGGGCUCUGACUGGAUCUUUGUCCGUUUCUCAACCAGAUCUAUCCCUCCGUGCUCGACAAUCUCCUUGACCAGCUCCUCCCGGCCGUUUUGGGCGCUGUAAUGCAGCGGCGUGAAACCGUCAUCGUCAACCAU